GCCAUUUAAACAAGAGAAGAAGAAACCGGAAAUGACGCAAUUUUUUUCGCGGGAAAUGUAGACAGCGGCGGUGUGACUUUCUGAUGCUGUAAAAUCUUCGUUUUUUACGCUCCGUGUGUUGAAUUAAAGCAAGAAAACGCACAAGGCGAGUUUAUAUUGAUUAUUGAUUAUUGGUGAAGAGUUUUGGAGGCCACAGGAUGAAAUAUUUCACCAGACUGAGAGUCCGGAGGGUUUACCGGUGGAGAGGAGAGCCGCUCGGCUUCAACAGAAAGUUAAAAACACAAGAAUACGGCUCGUUGGCCAUCAGUGUGGAGGGUCUCCCCCGGGUCACCGUCAUCACCACGGGGCAGCACAUCCUGAUCGAGGGCGAGGACGAGGACCAGCCCUACGUGGCCCGAGUGGUCCGCCUCUUCGGAGACGAGAGCGGGCAGCAGAAGAAGGCGGUGGUCCAGUGGUUCGUCCGGGUGUCGGAGGUUCCUCCCACCAAGCUGAAGCUGCUGGGCCGAGCCCCCCACCCCCAGGAGAUCUUCUACUACCAGGGCCGGAGCUGUGACGACGAGGUCAACGCAGAGUCCAUCCUCAGACCCGUCACGGUGAAGCAGCUGGACGCGGCGUCUCCGUUCCCGGACUCUGGAGAUAACGAGACGCUGUACGUGAAGUUCUCCUGGGACUCCAAGACCUUCAGGGUGAUGGAGUCUGCUCCGGAGUCUGAAGCUCCGCCCCCUCCUCCUCGCUGUCCCCGCCCCUCCCUGCCGCCCUCGCCGCCCGUCUCGCCGCCUGCAGCCGCUGCGGCGCCUCGCGGUCCGGCCCGCCGCGCCCUGCCGACCCCGGACCUCACCAUCAUGCGGCGGGCGGCGGCAGCGGGCGGGGCGAGGUGCGUCCGCGGCGCCGCCAGCGCGGGGAAGGCCGGCGCCGCCGAGGCCGAGUCGCUGCACUCCGCCUCCAAACUGUCGGCGUCCAAAUGUCUCAGCGCCAAGAGGAGGAACGCCACGGCGAGGACGCCCGGCGUCCGCAAGAAGCUGCAGCUCAACAGUCCGGAGGACGAGCCGACGCUGAGCGAGGACGUCCUGAGCCGUCUGCUGGACGAGGACCAGGAGCCGGUGCUGGUCCUGGCCCAGAGGCUGUCGGCGUCCCCCCCCCGGGACCCCCGGGACCCCCGGAGCCCCGCCCCCCUCAGGACGGCCCGCCGCGCCCCCGUCGACAUGAAGCCGUCCUCCGUCGUCCUCAACAAACUGUCUCCGACUGAGAUCUGCUGUCCCCCAGAGUCCAGCAGUCCUCAGCAGGGGUCAGGUGAGCUGGAGGCGGAGCUUCACAGCAGCUCAGGUAGGACGCCCAGAAGAAGAACGGCCACGCCACGACGCCAGAACGCCACCAGGGGGCAGAAAGCGAGCACGCCGUCACGGAGAAAAGAGGUGAAGACGCUGAAGGAGCCGGCGCUGGGCGUCCUGGCCGAGGUGGAUAAUGAAAACUCUCCGAUGCUGCCGCUGGCCGCCGCCACGCCGCGGAGCUCCAAGAGGAAGUCGGCGGCGCUGGUGUCGUCUCUGAUCAGGAAACAGCUGAACCUGUCCCUCGACCUGAACUCUGACGGCUCCGACCAGGACGAGUUCCUUCCCUCCAAGAAGGAGCUGCAGAGCAGCAGCGAGGAGGAGGAGGAGCAGGAGGACGAAGAGGAGGAGCAGCAGGAGGAGGAGCAGGAGCUGGACAGCGACGAGGAGGUCGUGUCUAAAAAGCGCCGAUCAGCUGCUGCAGGGAGCCGCACGCCGCGAUCCAAACAGAAAACUCGCUCCUCCAGCAGAACGCCACGAAAAACUCCCAACAAGAAGGUGGUUGCCGUGGCGCCGCGGACGCCUCGCCGCGCCACGCCGAGCAUCCCCGGCAGGACGGCGCCCACCAGGAGACCCGCCAACGUCCUGGAGGAGGCCCGGAUCAGGCUCCACGUGUCCUCGGUCCCUGAGUCUCUCCCCUGCAGGGAGCAGGAGUUCCAGGACAUCUACAGCUUCGUGGAGAGCAAAAUCACCGACGGCACCGGAGGGUGCAUGUACAUCUCGGGCGUGCCGGGCACGGGGAAGACGGCCACGGUGCACGAGGUGAUGCGCUGCCUGCAGCACGCCGCCGAGGUGGACGAGAUCUCGCCGUUCACCUUCAUCGAGAUCAACGGGAUGAAGAUGACGGAUCCUCAUCAGGCCUACGUCCAGAUCCUGCAGAAGCUGACGGGUCAGAAGGCGACGGCCGACCACGCCGCGGCGCUGCUGGAGAAAAGGUUCAGCCACGCGGCGCCCAGGAAGGAGACCACGGUGCUGCUGGUCGACGAGCUGGACCUGCUGUGGACGAGGAAGCAGAACGUGAUGUACAACCUGUUCGACUGGCCGACGCGGCGCCACGCCCGCCUCGUGGUCCUGACCAUCGCCAACACCAUGGACCUGCCCGAGAGGAUCAUGAUCAACAGGGUCGCCAGCAGACUGGGUCUGACCAGGAUGUCCUUCCAGCCGUACAGCUUCAAGCAGCUGCAGCAGAUCAUCACGUCUCGUCUCAACAAGCUGAAGGCCUUCGAUGAGGACGCUCUGCAGCUGGUCUCCAGGAAGGUUGCUGCUCUGUCUGGUGAUGCUCGUCGUUGUCUGGAUAUCUGCCGCAGGGCGACGGAGAUCUGUGAGCUCUCCUCCUCCUCCUCCUCCUCCUCCUCCUCCUCGGGGCUGGUGGGGAUGAGUCACGUGAUGGAGGCGCUCAACGAGAUGUUCUCCUCCUCCUACAUCACCGCCAUCAAGAGCGCGUCGCUGCAGGAGCAGCUCCUCCUCCGCGCCGUCAUCGCUGAGUUCAGGCGUCUGGGGCUGGAGGAGGCCACCUUCCAACAGGUGUUGGUGCAGCACCAGGCUCUGUGCCGGGUGGAGGGCCUGCAGCCCGUCAGCGUGUCGGAGGGCCUGGCCGUCUGCCAGCGUCUGGGGGCCUGCAGGCUGCUGCUGCUGGAGCCCAGCCGCCUGGGGGUCCUGCAGAGGGUCCGCCUCAACGUGAGCCAGGACGACGUGCUGUACGCCCUGAAGGCCGACUGACAGGAAGAACACCAAACAACCGAGACACAAUUCAGUUUUUAAACUAAGACUCUGUGUGCCAGAAUUCCCCCAGAGGUAAAAGUUCAGUUUUUAGUUUGUGAUGUUCCAGGUUUAAGAAUGAGAUUCUGCUCUUUCUGAAUUAUUUUAACUUUGUAUAGAACGUUUUAUGUCAAUGUUUCAAUAGCUGAAUAUGCAAUAAAAGUCCACCUUUAAUAUGAA